AUGGAGCGAUCUACUUCAUCCACCAUGAAUCAAUUGACCCGGUCCCUCACAGUUAACGUGAAAAUAUUGACUGACUAUCUUACAUCUGCGGGCCAUCCAUUGCCGUCAUUUGCUCCUGACACGCCUACUUUCACCCUGCCUGGCAAUGCUUCCUCGGAAGCGCACUUGGCACGCUAUCGUAUCCUGGACCUCGCUCGGAAUCUUUUCCAUCUAGCUGCAGGGCCUAGCGAGUACCUGACUUUUUUACAGACAAGUUACCAGGAUAUCGGCUGCUUGCGCUGGCUUUGCCAUUUCGGAAUUUUUAGACUUGUUCCACUCCAAGGAGCUAUAUCGUACACCGAUCUUGCCAGUCAAGCAAAUGUUUCCGAGGUCAAACUGAAAAGCAUUGUACGCAUGGCAAUCACCAACGGUUUGUUCAUUGAGGAGCCACCGAAUCAUGUCGCACAUUCUGCCAGGUCAGCAUUACUGCAAAUGAAUCCCUAUUUUCACGACUGGGCUGCUUUCGCGAUGGACGCUGGUGCCUUUUCCGCAUUCUCGAUGGUGGACGCAGACAAGAAAUGGUCUGGAUCCGUGGACGUAUCCCAGACAGCAUUUAACUUUGCACUCAAAACCGAUUUGCCCUUUUUCAAGUAUAUGGGCGAGGAACCAGAACGAAACCGUCAGUUUGCGGGGUAUAUGCGUGCCGUGACAAGUGGUCAAGAAGUCAGCCUCAACCAUCUUGUGAAAGGUUGGGAUUGGAACAGGCUGGGAAAAGCAUUAGUAAUUGACGAAGGCCAGAUGGGCGGCUCAACCGGCCAUGCAUCCAUCGCAUUAGCUCGGCAAUACCCAGAAUUGACAUUUAUUGUCGAGGAUCUCCCAGAAGUCAUAGCCCAGGGCCCUGAAUAUGUUUCCUCUCAGGAAGAUUCUCGGAGCUUAAAGCGUCGUGUUUCAUACAAAGCACAUAGCUUCUUCGACCCCCAGCCGGUCCAAGAUGCCGAUGUGUAUCUAUUCCGGACGGUCAUGCACAAUUGGUCGGAUGAUGAUUCCGUCCGAAUUCUUAUGCACUUGGUUCAAAUUCUUAAACCAAGGGCGCGUAUUUUGAUUAUGGAUGUCGUUCUUCCAGAUCCAGGUACACUGCCGGCAUCCAAGGAGCGAUUACUGCGGAUGCGAGACUUGAGUAUGCUGCAAAUUUUUAAUCAUCCUGAGAGGAGUUUGCAGCAUUGGAAGACUAUUUUCAGUCGUGUUGAUAGACGUCUACAGGUGACCAGGGUUGAACAGCCCGCCGGAAGCGUAUUGUCAAUCAUAGAAUUGGGGUUGGAGGAACCGAUGGAAAUAUCUGGUAGUUUGGGUGAAGAGAUCAUCUAA